GAGUCCCUGGAAGACUCACCUGGCGUCUGCCGUUCCCAGAGAUGAUGGGGAAAGUCGUCUUCUCCCUGCUCCUCGCCCUGCCUCUGGUGACCCUCGCGGCCUCCUCCAAUAGAAAGUGCGUCCUGUCUGGAUUGUGGAGGAAUGAGCUGGGCUCUAACAUGACCAUCUCUGCCGUGAACGCCGAGGGGGGAUUCACCGGUUCGUACCACACGGCGGUGACGGUCACCGACAAACGCAUCCUGGUGUCGCCCCUGAAGGGGUCCCAGAACCGCAAGAGCCAGAGGAAGCAGCCGACCUUUGGCUUCACCGUGAGCUGGACGUUCUCAAACUCGAUGACCGUCUUCGUGGGCCAGUGCUUCGUGGAUGAUAAUGGGGAGGAGAUUCUGAAGACCAUGUGGCUGUUGCGCAAGGAGGUCGGAUCCCCCAGCGCCGACUGGAGAGCGACCAGGGUCGGCACAAAUGUUUUCACCCGGAUCAAGUGAUGGAACGUGGGUGAAUCUGUGAGGAGCGACGGUGUACGGUGACCCAGCAGCGCCGUCAUCCCACUCUGCAGCCCCAGGGCUCCUGGCUCCCCUGUCCGGAAUUGUCCUGGGCUCUCUCGAGAGCGUCUCGCCCGGCCUCAGGGCUGUUUGCUGGGCUGCAGAGGCGCCAUCUCUGUCUCCAUCUCCCCUCGCUCUCCGGUUACCCCCCCAGAAUUGCUGCCUGCGCCCCCCACGCUGCAGUUUAGUUCCUUUCCCAGUAAAGCUCUAGCGCGGGAGGCAAA